AUGUUGAGGCUUUCGUCGGUACAGUCGCGCUAUGGGGAGACGGUGAUCGUGCGCCCCGCUCCCGUCCCGCGAACUCUCUCCGACACUCGUGGCACGUCACACGAGGCGGCGUCGCGGAGUCGUGUUGGUCGUGGUCGUGCGGUUAGGGGUUUAGGGGCGCGGUUGGCAGUGCGGCUGACGUGUGUCCGCGUUGCAGAUGGGCGGGCGAGGAGCCGCGCGGACGGCGGCGGUAGGCGGGGGCGGGCCCGAUGCGCCCGCGUCAUGUGGCGCGUGCUCUUGGCCCUGGCGGCCGCCGGCGCCGCCGCGCGCGCCUCCCACGACGUCGUGCGCUCCUUCACCGACCCGCUCGCCGCCCCCGCGUCGCUCUUCAACCACCUCGUGGUCGACCGCAACACGGGCCGCGUGUACGUCGGCGCCGUGAACCGCAUCUACCAGCUCUCGCCCGACCUGGAGGUGGCCCAGUCGAUCGUCACCGGCCCGGUGAACGACUCGGCCCUAUGCACCUUCGACUGCCCGCCGAACUUCGUCAAGAAGCCGACGGACAACGUUAACAAGGCGCUGGUGAUAGACUACGCGACCAGCCGCCUAAUCACGUGCGGCUCCGUGCUGCAGGGCCUCUGCUCUGUGCGCAACCUGAACAAUAUAUCGCACGAUGUGCGCGAGGUGCGCGAGCCGGUGGUGGCGAACAACGCGAGCGCCUCCACUGUCGCCUUCAUCGCCCCCGGGCCGCCCAAUCCGCCCAUGACGCAGGUCAUGUACGUCGGCGUCACGUUCACCGGCAACUCGCCGUACCGCUCCGAGGUGCCGACCGUCAGCAGCCGCUCGCUGGAGGACGACAGGCUCUUCAUGAUCGCGAGGACGGCGGUCACCACCGGCACCAGGAUGUUCGUCAACUCCCUAUCCAGAGAACGCUACCCUAUAAACUACGUAUACGGCUUCAGUUCCGAGGGGUUCAGUUAUUUCUUGACCACCCAGCUGCGCGGCGUGGGCUCCGAUACGUACUACAGCAAGCUGGUGCGCGUGUGCCACGACGAUGAGAACUACUACUCCUACACGGAGAUUCCGAUGUCGUGCACCGGCGAGGGCGGCGGCAACUACGGCUACAACCUGGUGCAGGCGGCGUUCGUCGGGAAAGCGGGCUCCGUGCUAUCGUCCGAGCUCGGGAUAACCGCGCAGCACGACGUGCUGUUCGCUGCGUUCAGCCAGAGCGAGUCGAUCAACACGAACACACCGUCGGACCUGUCCGCGCUGUGCGUCUACUCGCUAAAAGCGAUCCGCCGCAAGUUCAUGCAGAACAUAAAGACCUGCUUCAGCGGCAACGGCUCCCGCGGCCUGGACUUCAUCUCGCCCUCGCACGCGUGCAUCGGAACGAAGCUGCAGUCGAUCAGCGAGGACUUCUGCGGGCUGGACGUGAACACGCCCCUGGGCGGUGAGCAACCCGUGGAGGCGGUGCCGGUGGCGAUCUUCAAGAAGAGGCUGACCGCUGUGGCGGCGACGGCCACCGGCGACUACACCGUGGUCUUCGCCGGCACCGCGGAGGGACACCUCAAGAAGAUCGUCGUGGAGAGCGCAACCUCCGCGUUCGAGUACGGAGACAUCGUGGUCGACGAGCGCUCCCCAGUGAACAAGGACCUGUUCUUCGACACCCAGUUGAUGCAUUUGUACGUGAUGACCGAGCGUAAAGUGUCCAAAGUGAAAGUUCAAGAGUGUAGCGUUUACAAAUCGUGUUUGACGUGCCUAGGCGCCAAGGACCCAUACUGCGGCUGGUGCUCCUUGGAGAACAAGUGUAGCCUCCGUUCGGACUGUCAGGAGGCGGCCAAAGAUCCCCUCUACUGGAUCUCGUACCGCAGUGGACGUUGCACGACCAUCACUCAGGCGUCACCGAAUCAGUUACAACGAACGACCGCUAGGACCCUAGAUUUACACAUAGAAAACUUGCCAACGCUCAACGGGCAGUUCUUGUGCGCAUUCACAGUUUUAGACCGUACGCUCAUUACGAACGCGACUAGGAAGUCGCACGGCGUCAACUGUACCACACCGCGGACGGACACGCUGCCGCCCAUACCGGCGGGCCAGCACCAUUUCACGGCGAAACUGUCAGUGCGCACCACGCAGGGCCCCGAUUUCGUGGCCACCAACUUCACCUUCUUCGACUGCAACACGUACAGCUCGUGCACGCAGUGCGUCAGUUCGUCCUUCCCUUGCGAUUGGUGCGUGGACGGCCACCGUUGCACCCACGACACCGCGGAGAACUGUAGGAACGACAUCUUGGUGACCGGCGUCAGUAGGAUCGGCCCCAGCUAUCGCUCGGGCCCAGGCUUCUGUCCCACGAUCAACUCCACAUCGGACGGCACGAACGAGAUACUCGUUCCGUCCGGUGUGAAGAAAGCGAUCAAGGUCAAAGUCCAUAUAAUAGGCCAAUUCAUUGUCCAAACCCGCUUUGUUUGCCAGUUUAAUAUCGAGGGCCGCGUCACCCACGUUAACGCUCAGCUCCUAGCCGACACGAUUUACUGCGAACCCGUCGAGUUCACCUACACGUCGCGCGCACCGAACAUAACCGCCUCGUUCGCCGUGAUAUGGGGGGGCUCCAAACCUUUAGACAACCCAGACAACACCCACAUACUUAUAUACCGUUGCAGCGACAUGGCGGACAAUUGUGGCAUCUGUUUAGCGCUCCCCGAGAAGUUUGGAUGCGGCUGGUGUCAGGGCUCUGAUAGGUGCGAAGUACAAGAGCAGUGCGGCGCUCCCAGCGUGUGGUUGAAUCGAACACAAACUUGCCCCAACCCGGAAAUCCACUCCUUCCGACCACAACUGGGCCCGUGGGACGGUGGCACGAACAUAACCAUAGAAGGAAUAAAUCUGGGUCGCAACAUAUCCGAUAUCUACAACGGCGUCACCAUAGCCGGUAUUAAGUGUCAGCCAAUAGUCGAAUUGUACGUGAAGACUAGGCGGAUCGUUUGCACGGUCGACGGGCCGGGCGAGGAGGUCCCGCGGGACGGGCCCGUCGUCGUCCGAGUUGCGGACUAUCGCGGGGAAUCGAAGCACCACUACGCCUUCGUGAAUCCGAAAAUCAACUCUAUCCAACCGAAAUACGGCCCACAGUCGGGCGGCACAAAACUGCGCAUCACGGGCGAAUAUCUUAACGCCGGCAACAACAUCCAGGCCUUCAUUGACGAUCUGCCCUGCGCAAUUCUCUCUGUAUCUCACGAGGAGGCGGUCUGCCGCACGAGCCACUCGUAUCAACUUAAAAUGGGCACGUUACGGAUGCGGUUCGACACGGGAAUGCGUACGCUGGAACGCGAGAAGUUCGAGUACAUAGAGGACCCCGUCGUUGUGUCCGUAGAAUCCGGUCCGCCGCUGGCGUCUCAGCGCAAACAACCGAAAGGAAUCCCAUCCGGGGGCAUAAACAUCAAAGUGAUGGGCCGCAACUUCCACUCCAUUCAGUUCCCGCAGAUAUACGUUUACCACGACAACCGGCCGUACAUCGCUCCGUGCCACAGAGUAGAUUUCCAGACGCAUCUGAUUUGCGAGUCGCCCGGCAUCGAGAGCGCCGGGCUCAAUCUAGACCCAGACAGGCCGUUGGAACUGGAGUACGGAUUUAACAUGGACGAUGUGCAGAGCGUGCAAAACCUCACCAGCAAGACGGGCGAGGCGUUCCUGCUCUACCCCGACCCGAUCUACGAGAAGUUCGACGAGGACGUCAAGUAUUACAAGUCCGAGUAUUUGACGAUAAACGGCCAGAACUUGGACAGGGCCUGCACUGAGAGCGACGUGGAAGUGCGUAUCGGCGAGAGCCUUUGCAACGUCACAUCACUAGCACGUCACCAGCUGACGUGUCGGCCGCCGUCGCGUGACGAGUUGCCUGACGGCGUGGAAUCGCCCGACGUCGUGGUCAAAGUGGGCCGAGCGCUCACGUACAAGAUUGGCAGACUGUCGUAUUCUUCCCAGACCGGCCUCCAGGCAGCCAUCGGGAAACCAGUAUUAUUCGGCGUCAGCGCCAGCAUAGUGAUACUCAUAUUAGUAUUUGUCGUGUUUCUAGUUAUGUAUAGGAGAAAGUCAACGGAGAACAUUAGGGUACUGAAGAACAUGCAGGAGCAAAUGGAUAUUUUAGAGUUAAGGGUGGCGGCCGAGUGCAAGGAGGCGUUCGCCGAGCUUCAGACUGAGAUGACCGAUCUGACGGGUGACGUGACGGGCGGUAUACCGUUCCUGGACUACCGCACCUACGCGAUGAAGAUACUGUUCCCGAACAUCGAUGAUCACGCCGUCCUGCAAUGGGAACGCCCAGAGCUUAUUAGGAAAGAGAAGGGUCUGAAACUGUUCGGACAGUUAAUUAUGAACAAAACAUUCCUAUUAUUAUUUAUUCGUACUUUAGAGAGCAAUAGAUAUUUUUCAAUGCGCGAUCGUGUUAAUGUAGCUUCCCUUAUUAUGGUAACAUUACAAAGUAAGAUGGAAUAUUGUACUGAUGUGUUGAAGACGUUGCUAGCCGAGCUGAUAGAGAAGUGCAUGGAGGGCAAGAGUCAUCCCAAGUUACUGUUAAGGCGCACGGAGAGCGUAGCGGAGAAAAUGCUUAGCGCUUGGUUCACUUUCCUCCUGUAUAAGUUUUUGCGCGAAUGUGCCGGCGAACCGCUUUACCUCCUGUUCAGGUCGAUGAAGGGCCAGGUAGAUAAGGGGCCGGUGGACGCUAUAACCUCCGAGGCGCGCUACUCGUUGAGCGAGGAGAAGCUUAUAAGGCAGUCGAUCGAUUUCAAGCCAAUGAGCGUGAGUGCGUCGAUAUCGCAGCAGACGAUCUUCGUCAGCGGCUUAGAGGCGACCACGGAGAAUGUACAGGUGAAGGUACUAGACUGCGACACGAUCAGUCAGGUGAAGGAGAAGUGCCUCGACGCCAUCUACCGAGCAACGCCGUACUCGCAGCGGCCGAGCCGUGACGAGCUGGACCUGGAGUGGCGCACGGGCGCCUGCGGUCGGCUCAUCCUGUACGACGAGGACAGCACCACCAAGUGCGAGGGCGAGUGGCGCAAGCUGAACACCCUGAACCACUACCGCGUGCCCGACUGCGCGUGCUUAUCCCUCGUCGCCAAACAGAGCUCCGUUUACAACCUGUCCAACAUGGAGAAGAACGACAAGUCGCACACGUACGAAACGCUGAACCGCGGCAAAUACGGCUCCGCGAGCCCACCGGCCAGCCCCCUUAAGUACGAGCACGGCGGCGGCUUCAAGUACUGGCACCUGGUGAGACACCACGACGGCGACGCCCACAAGGAAGGCGAGCGCGGCAACAAGAUGGUCUCCGAGAUCUACCUCACCCGCCUCCUCGCCACCAAGGGCACGCUGCAGAAGUUUGUCGACGACCUAUUCGAGACCAUCUUCAGCACCGCCCACCGCGGCUCCGCUCUGCCCCUCGCCAUCAAGUACAUGUUCGACUUCCUCGACGACCAGGCCCUCCAGCACGCGAUCUCCGACCCGGAGGUAGUCCACACGUGGAAGAGCAACUCGCUCCCGCUCCGCUUCUGGGUGAACCUAAUAAAGAACCCCAACUUCGUGUUCGACGUUCACAAAUCGAACACCGUCGACUCGUGCCUGUCCGUCAUCGCGCAGACCUUCAUGGACUCGUGCUCCACCUCGGACCACAUCCUCGGCAAGGACUCGCCCUCCUCGAAGCUCCUGUACGCGAAAGACAUCCCCGUCUACAAGGAGUGGGUGGAGCGCUACUACGCGGACAUCAAACUGAUGCCCGCGAUAUCGGACCAGGACAUGAACGCGAUGCUCGCCGAAGAGUCCCGCCUCCACACUAAAGAGUUCAACACGAACUGCGCGCUCAACGAACUGUACGCUUACGCGGUGAAGUACAACGAACAGCUAAUGGUCACCCUCGAGGAGGACGAGUUCUCCCAGAAGCAGCGGCUCGCGUACCGCCUGGAGCAAGUCCACGGCCUAAUGGCGCACAACUACGACGUGGAGCGCGGCGGCCGUCUCGCCCCGGUGUCCCACCCCCAUCCCCUACCAGCGGUCUACAACUCACUAGUCGCCAUUACCCCUACCACCCGCUCGCGCGAGCGCCGCGGCGAGACGGUCACCAACGGGCGGCCCUGCUUUUUCAGCCGCUACGCGAGGCUCGCGACGCGUUCGACUUUCGCGGUCGUGAACAACGUUUACUGCAUACCCGCUUACGUGGUCUGGAUGAUGGCGCUGCGCCUCGUGCGGCCCCUGCUCGCGCCGCUGUACUGGCGGCUCGAGGGGAUCAUGUACCACUGGCUGCUCGCGAUGGUGUCGCUGUGGGCGUGGACGGCCGGCUACGAGAGUGAGUAUGCGGCGACCAAUUUAACGGGACCUACGCUGCGACGACGGGCACUGCGUUGGAGCAAUUUCCCA